GUAAUUUUUUGCAAUAAGAAUUGUAAUAAUUUAGAUUAUUUGUAGAUAAAUGAAAUAGCAACAAGCAAUUUAAAUAUUUCAAUCGCUUAUCAAGAAAAGAAAAAAUGUCAAUUAUAUUAUUUCGUCAGUCACUUUUUUGAUUGUCAUAUUGUCUUUGACAAUAGCUUAGAAUUAUUAAUCUUACAUCGCUUCUUCAGUCAUUUUAAGUUUCUCAGGUAGCUUGAUUAUGCUUGUUAGCUUUUGUUCAAUUCAAAGCUUUGAGUGGGAUACAUACCUUACUGUUUUUUUGGGUUACUUUAUUUCUUUUAGCACAAUUUGUAUAAUUCCCUUAGAUGCUGCUCUUAUUACUUAUGAUAAAAACAGUAGAAACAUAAAUUUGUCUAAAAUAGAUUCUUCUACUGAUAGUUUUAAGACUUACUGGAUUGUGAUAUAUUGGACCAUAUUUUUUUUAUCUAAUUUAGUCUAUACUUUAUAGUCUUUUUUCCACAAUAAUGGCUACAUAGGUUUUAAGCAAAAAAUGAGAGCUGCAUUUAAAUAAUUUUUUAAGCUAGUAAUUGCUUGUGUUGCUCUCUUUAUAAUCCUUUCUAUAAUAUGUUUAUUUUGGUUUAAGAUCAAAGGCUUUGAUAAUAUAUUAGCCGUGAUAGUUGUUAUCUCGAAUGUAUAUGGUAUUAGUGUCUUAGCUUUCUUGUUUGGGUAUGGAUUAGUAAAAGUUCCCUUCUACUUAUGGAAUAAGUCCUAAAGAGAAGAUUAUUUAAUAGAGCUAUUGUGCAAAACUCAUGAACUCUUUAAAGAAUAUUAAUCCUCUUACUGGAAAUAUUCAGAUAUCUGCUAUAUAUCUUCAAGUUAUCAAAAAAAAAUAGCAAAUAUACCUAUUUAUUUAGAUUAUCUUAAGUUAAUUUAAAAAGAAACACCUAAUCUUAACGAACCUAUUGGCUAUAGGUUUUAAAAAAAUAUUCUCUAUAAACCAGAUGAAAAGAUUACAGAAUUUGUUAUAAAGCUUAAAACUAAUGGACAAAUUAGUGAAUAAGUGCUGGCUAGCUUAAGGCAAGAAAUCAGAAUAAGAAAAUUCAAUUAUGAAAGGCAUAUUUAAAAAUGGAAGAGAAUAUCGACAAGUGUAUUUUCAAUAAUCACGAAAGAAAGCAUUGAAGAAAUUGAUUAAAGUUUAAACAUUCCUCGCUCAUCUACAUCUGUCUCUUCAAGAAACUCAAGCAGAGAAGAAGUACACUAAAAUGCAAAACCUGUGAAGGUAAAAGCGAUAAAAAUGAAUAUUUUUCUAAGUGCUGGAUUUAAGCUGGCUGCAAUAAUAGCAGGCCUAUUUUCAAUAUUAAUUAUUUUCUGUGAAGCUACUAUUGUUUUUGGAAGCUAAAAUAAGGCGUUGGCAUUUUAUUAGAUGAUAAAAAGUACAAAUAACAUUCCAGGGAUAAUAUCUUUGAUUAUCUUAGUGCUGCUUUAUGUGAUAUUUUGCACCUACUUUGCACUAGGGAAGCUAAAAGUUUUUGGCUCAUUUGAAUUAUUCAUUUAUUUUACUCAUAGAGAUGUUUUUAUUUAGAACUUAUCAAUGUGCUUAUUUUUGACUUUUCCUAUAUGCUAUAAUGUCAUGCUCUUAUUUGGCAUUAUUGAUUAAAAUACUGAAGAUGAUGGAAAAGUAUAUUAAUCAGGAUUUGAUAAAUUUUAUGAUCCAAUGAAAGAAAUCCCCUUUUUUGGUUAUUACUAUAAUGCAGUUGUAUGUUUCCUAAUAUCUGUAAUAGCAAUAGUUUCUUCCUUUAAAAAAACUCAAAAGCUUAUCCAAAAAUUUUCUUAAAACAAAAUUCAAAUGCAAACUGAAAUAGAAGAAGAUUUAAUUUUAAAAGGUGAAUUAUAUAUACUUCAGGAAUGGCAGAGAAAAAAGCAAGCAGAGUAAAUUUAAGAAAUUAAAGAUUCAACUGAAUUAGAUUUACCUCAAGAUAAAUAAUAAUUUGAAGAACUUGGCUAAAAUGUUCGUAUAUCUGUUUCCCAAUAUUAACAAAAAGAUUCAAACAACAAUUCAGAAGAUAAAAAAAGUGAUGAAAAUGUAUUUAGAAAAGUGUCAAAUUUUUUUAAAAGAAUAAGUACAAGUUCCAAAAAAGAAAAGACUGAAUAAGAUGCAAAUUAAUCUGAAAAACCUUCUGAUAACUAAGAGUUAUCAGUAAAUGACCAAUAAAAUUCUUAAUCCUAAUCUAUUAAUAUAAGCAUGAACUUAUCAGAAAACGAUAUUUAAAACUAAAAUACCAAAAAACUCUCAAAAAAUCUAACUAAAAAGUGAAUUUUUAACAAAAAUUCUUAAAAAAGAGAAACGUUUAAUAUUACAAGUAAAUAAUUAUCACAUAAAUGUUUAUUGUAACAAAUU